AUGGCCAACGCGCUGCCCCCCCGCCUGUUCCUGGCCCUCCUGCUCCUGCUGGGGGGCAUUAAGGGGGGGACAGAGGGGGACCUGGUGCUCACGCCCUGCCUCACCGUGCAGGACACCGGGGAGCUGUGCCUGCAGAGCGCCCAGUGCCAGAGCUGCUGCUGCCACCGGGACAGCGGCCUGAGCCUGGCCCGAUGCGCACCCAAGGCGGCCGAGUUCCAGAAAUGCUCCCCGAAGAGCCUCUAUGGGGUCUACUACAAGUGUCCCUGCGAGAGCGGCUUGACCUGUGAAGUUGAUAAGACCAUCGUGGGCGUCAUCACCAACAGCGACUUCGGCAUCUGCAAGGAUCCCCGGAGGUCCAGCUCGUGUUGA